AUGGCUUCGCCAAGUGACGAGGAACCCCGGUCUGCGUUGCGCAUGCUGAAGCGGUCAUGGAGCACAUCCGAGCGCCGAAGUCAAAGCCCUGAAAAGCCCUUGGCCCCAACAACGCCCAGUACGCCUAUGCGUGAAGUGGAUGGCAACAUUCAGGCUGGCGUCACACAUACCAUCAAGCAACGAAAGUUUGAUGAGAGUUGGACACCUUUUCUUACCAAUAGAGUACCACAAGGAGCCUCUGUAAAAGGUACACUGGCUGUAAAGCCCUCCAGCAAAGCGCUUUCGUCGGCCACUCUCGACUCCCUUGUGCGACCGUUGGCACGAACAUCUCGCUCGCCCUCCCCGGUGAAGGAAUCCGUUUAUGUGCCUGAGGAAAACAGGAUGAAAGCGAAGGUGUUCUUAUCACCAGAGCAACAGCGGGUGCUGGAAGCUGUGGUCCAGCAGGGCCAGAGUGUCUUUUUCACAGGGUCGGCUGGGGCUGGCAAGUCACACCUUCUUCGCCAAAUCAUCCGUGAUUUGCGCGAGAAAUACCGCCUAAAAUCCGAUGCUGUGGCUGUGACAGCCUCGACAGGUAUUGCGGCGUGCAAUAUUGGUGGUAUUACGCUGCACAGUUUUGGCGGUGUGGGUCUCGCUAAAGAGACACCGGAGCGCUUGUUGACUGUGAUUCGCCGCAACCGCAAGGCCACGACGAGGUGGAUGCGUACACAAGUACUGAUUAUUGAUGAAAUCUCUAUGAUUGAUCCUAAACUGUUUGAUAAGCUGGAGCAAAUUGCGCGGAUGCUGCGCAAGUCGACCAAGCCAUUUGGUGGCAUUCAAAUCGUUGCGACCGGCGAUUUUUUCCAGCUGCCGCCCGUGUCGCCCGGUGGUGAUGUGCAAUUUGUCUUCGAAUCGGCCAAGUGGCAUGAGGUUAUCCAGAAGAUGUACAAUUUGACGCAAGUGUUCCGUCAGAAAGACCAGACCUUUGUGCGCAUGCUGAACGAGAUGCGUAUGGGCAAGCUGUCGGCGGAUACUGUGCAAGCGUUUGCCAAACUAGAGCGCGUCCCUGAGCUACCUGAAGGCAUUACACCCACCGAACUGUACCCAUUACGUCGUGAUGUGGAAAAGGCAAACCGUGAUCGCUUAGAUGCACUCCCCUCCGAGUUGCGUGUGUAUACCAGUCUGGAUGGCGGUACACUUCCACCAGACCAGCGUGAGCGUGUGCUGGAAAACUUUAUGGCGCCACGCUAUGUCCAUCUCAAAAAAGGAGCGCAAGUGAUGCUCAUCAAAAACCUUUUCAAAGAUCUAGCGAAUGGAUCGGUGGGUACCGUGAUUGAUUUCAUGGACGAGAGUACCUAUCUUGAUACAUACGGCGAAGAUAGCCUUCGCAUUGAUGUGCCGGAAGAUCUGCUGUCGAACGCGGAGCGAGCCCCCGGCGCAACUCGUUCGACGCAUGCGGGCAAUGACAAGGAUGCUCGUCCUGCUGCGCGAUGGCCUCUGGUUCGUUUCCACCUGCCCAAUGGUCUUGUUCGCGAUCAGCUUCCAUCCAAGGUCAUGGCUCAUCCCAAAGUCAUUCGUUGGAACCAAAAUCAAUUUGGAAGCACGUCUUUAACUACAUAG